GUGGAUGGGAGAAUCAGAGAGGAAAAACAAUGCUGAGAGACAGCAGAAGGAAAGACAGACUUGUUUUUCCUGUUCUGGCACAUCUCAAGAAGGUAGGACGUCCUUUUUGUAAACACCCAAAACUCGGUGCACAGACAGUUAAGCCGGAGGAUUGGUGACUGUGGCUUGGACCUCACCGCUCUCAUCUCAGCAAAAGAAAUGUCGAAAACACCUCCCAAAGUGAUUCCGAGAAAGCCUUCGUCUGUCAAACCGCUGUCCCCGAUCCGAGAGCAUCCUUCUCCGGUUGGGCUGCCCACCAUCACAGACGCUGGAAAAGAGAACGGCGCCGGCGGGAAGUCAAGCCACACGAUGCUGGAGACAGCCGACAGAGAAGUUGAAAUCUUGAAUCACUGCUUUGACGAAAUAGAGGGAUUCAUGACUCGCUUGCAACAGACGGCAGAAGCCCAGGGCAUCCUUGACCAAAGGAGCAAAAGGAAGAGCAAGAGAAGCAUAAAAAACGACAAGAAAAUAGACGACUUGUUGAACAAAAAAGCCAUCCCUCCAUCCGAGCAGGAAUUUCUGAACAUCUUUCAGAAGAUGAAGUAUUCCUUCUGUUUACUGGGUCGUCUGAAGUCCCACAUCUCACAGCCGGACGCACCAGAUCUAGUUCACCACAUCUUUUUGCCUCUCAGAUUGAUGGUGAAGACCACUGGAGGGCCAUCAUUAGCUGCGUCUGUGGUGAGUCCAGCUCUGACCAGAGGCGCUGUUUCUCUGCUCCAAGAGAACCUGACUGAAGAGGAAAAGGAGCUGUGGACAUCUCUGGGACCCAACUGGACCUCCUACGGUUCCCAGCUGAACGUCAGCGUUCCUCCAUAUGCCCCUGUCUUCCUGGACGGGUGGAAACCUCUUGACAACGUCACGGACGAUCCCAUCCAGUUACAGCACAAGGAGGACGCUUUAAACGAAAGCAGGCAGAAGCAAAGAGAACGGGAACAGACCCAACCUGAAGCCAAGAACCACGGAGAAGGGAGAAAUAAACUAAAUGAAAAUAGUCUUCCUCCGAACGACGAGAGACUGUAUUACUGCAGUUAUGACUUUGUGGCCAGAAACAGCAAUGAACUCUCCGUGCUACGUGGAGAAACACUAGAGGUCCUUGAUUCGUCAAAGAACUGGUGGAAGUGUCGGAAUACAUACAGCGAGAUAGGAUUUGUUCCCUCUAAUAUUCUGGAGCCUCUGUCUGCUGUGAGGAACACAGAGAGAGACCGCACAUUGCUUCGAACAGAGUCAAAGGCAGCAGCUCCCAUCCCUCGGUCAAUGUCUUUCCAAUAUGCUCCAUCGAGCACAGACGGGACCAGUCCAGCAGGGCGACAUCAGAGCAUGAUCCCGGCACCUAAAAUGAUGUUGAGAGAAGAUGACGAGCGAGUCAUGGUAAUGAACGAUGAGCUUCUGCAGCGGCUGGCCAAAAAAAGAAACUCGCUUGAUCGGAUGGAGGUUCCCUCCACAGACAGCGUCCCGGUCCCCCUGAACUACCACUCCCCAAGCGCCGAGGUGAAGGCCUGGCUCUCUGCGAAGGGCUUCAGUGAGAACACAGUCCAUAGUCUGGGAGUGUUGAACGGAGCCCAGCUGUUCUCCCUGAAAAACGAGGAGCUCCGCCACGUGUGCCCCUUAGAAGGAGAGAGCGUUUACCUGCAGAUCCUGGGACAGAAGGCUCUUCUCGAGAACGUGCGCCAAGUGUCUGGACUGGAGACGGUGGUGGAGAAGUGAAAUCUGACGACUGACCUGAGUUAGACCAUGAUAGAUGGUGAAGAAACCAAUGAUGAUUUUAAGGCAUACGAAACCGAAUUACUGUAUAAUGACGGUUCCAUAAAUGAACAAGGUAUUCAAGAACAUGAAGGUUACAUAAAUGUAUUAAUUAUGCAGUAAUACCUGCACUGACACAAAUGUUAUUUAAUGUUUUUAAAUUAAGCUCAGCUAACUUUGUUCUUGCCGUUUUUAUUUCCUUAGAGGUCUGCGUCUGUUUAAAAACACUAACCAAUGGGUUCAUUGUGCCUCCUGAAAACAGCAUUACAAAGAAACGAAAGGCCGUCUCUCAUUAAACAUGAAGGUUACAGAAUUGUAUUAAUGACACAAGGCAAUAUCCACAUCUUUUUUUAUUUUUUUAGACAUUUUUAAAAGAAACUUGCUGCCACUGUUUUUAUUUUUGUUACAGUUAUAUUUCAUAUUUGUUAUCCUAUUAACCAAUAUAUGGACACCAACAAUGUAAAUUUAUAAAACGAGACAAAAUACAGGUAAAAUUAUUGAAUUUUCCCAUAGAACACACAGAACGUGUUGGUCAUAGAUUAUCCGCUUUUGCUUUCAUUUCACAUUCAUUUUUAUUGUCACUUUGUACAGCCACAUGUUGUUUCACUCUAAAUGUACAAAUAUCUCAUUAAAAAAAACAUUAGUGUUGAUUUUCUAUUGUGUUCAAGGCAGUGAACUCUCUGUUCAUUAUAGUUUACAACACAGGCAAAGUACAUAAUCAGAAUGUUGUCAUCGGCACUCCACAACACAGGGUCUAUGCGUCUGUAUCGUUUAGUUGAAGCAUGGUAAACCCUCUGACCCAUUACCCUCUCGAUCCCCAGUUCAAGCAGAACUUCUAGGUCAGUGUUAUCAGUCCUUCAAGAGGCCUAAAACAUGUUUUGACCCUGCCGAUGGCAACACAUGCAAAAACACCCGUUCGGUUACAGCA